ACACCACCUGCCUUCCACUCUAGUUCCGUGGCCGCCACAAGUUUCCCAGUCCAAAUUUUUCUUUCUUCAUCAUGGAUGACGUGGCAUGGGAGCACAUUUACUACGAAGACGUCCAAGGUUAUGUAGAUGAGAAUGGCAUAUCAAACAUUGAAGAAUUUUUUAAGAACAAACUGGAACGUUGGCGAGACGUGGAGGUGAACAUAGCAAUCUCUGGCAGCUCCGGAGCUGGAAAAUCGAGUUUUAUCAACGCGAUACGAGAGUAAGUAAAAAUGGAAGUAUUUUAAAAUGAAUUCUCUUAAGGAAGGUUUCCUGUUCACGUGUUCGUGUAUAUCUAUGGACUCAAACUUUAGUCAUAGGCGCCGUCAGGUUACUACCAAUAAAUCACGGAAGAAAGCCGGAAGUUGUUGGAUCGAAACAACGAUUUGUAAAAUCCAACCUCAGUUCAAUUACUAAGGAAUUUCAAAGAAACUUGUGACACUUGUGUCAAGCUGUGCAAUGAGAUUAUGGUGAGUGCAGCGCACGUCGAUUCGAAAGGACCAAAAGCAAAAUUUGUUACAGAGCGAAACGGCAUUUAAGUUAGGCAUUGCAGGGAAUUGAGAGCGUGGUUUCAGUUUCGGAAAUUAAGUGUAAACAUAAGCCAAUGAGUUAAUUAAUUUGAGUGCGGUAUAGUUUACCCAUGGGCAAAUGGUUGUUGCCCAUAGGAAAGUAACUUUUUGUACGACAAAAUGGUAGGGGACGAGCAAUGGCGGCGUAAAGACGCUUAUUGGGGCUGUCCACAAUUUCUUCUGAUAUCCGAGGUCCCCGUAACGGCAAAUGGCCGAAUUCAUAUCUGAAUUACUAGGAAAAAGGAGAAACAGGAUAUCCACCAGUUCAGACGACUCAACCUCUUCACCUGACAACAAAAAAUCUCGAAAAUUCAUCUCGACCGACGGAGAAAUAGCCGAAGAAGACACAAUCUUAACCGCGCUAGAUAUGACAGCAAACAUGGCAAAAAAGCUUGAAGAAAUCCUUGAGCGUUUAAAAAAGCUCGACGUGAUAGAGUCAUCGGUUAAUAGCAUCGAGACAAAGCUUAACUGCCUAGAAGAGCGUACAGCAGUAUUGGAAAAUUUCAGACAAACUACGGAGAAAGACAUUAACGAUCUUAAUGAAGAAAAUGGAAAUUUCACGAGCUGACAGUUAUCUGAAAUAUCGACUGAGCUAAAAAAUCACCAAGCUGCAAUCACUGAUUUAACACAAAAGGCAGAGGCGAGUAAAGAGUUAUUAAAGGAACUUACAGCAAAAAAUCUCUACCUAGAAGCUUACUCCAGAAGAGAGAACAUCAGGUUUAUGAACAUAAAAGAUUCAUGGUUCCUCCGAUGAACCCGAAGAUGUCGAAGAGACCCUAAGAGAUUUCUUAAUACGCGAACUGGGCUUCCAAGACGCAAGAAGCGUGGAAAUCCAAAGAGUUCAUCGAAGUGGAAAAACCAAGAAUGGAAAGCCCCGGCCAAUACUGGCCCGUUUUCUGAGAUACAAGGAUGUCCAGAAAAUAUUUUCACUCGGGCACCGAUUAAGAGAAACCGAUUUCCAAAUGUUCCGCGACUAUCCUGCAGAAGUUGUCAGAAGACGCAAAGAGCAGAUGAAGACCUUCAAAGAGGCCAGAAGAAACAACAUUCCUGCAUUCUUCAGUCUCACGGAACCAGAUAAGUUAUUUAUUAGAGGUCGAGUGUGGCCUGUAGGAAAAAAACUGAUCAUUAAUCCUGAGACUGUUUCAUAAUUGUAUUAUGGGGACAAAUUUACUAUUCUUUUUUUCUUGCGGUUAGUCACCCUUAUAGAUGCAAAGCGACCACCCAGCAAGAAAACAUUUUAACCUUGUCUUUAUGUUUUUUUUUCGAUUUUUUUCUGUUUUGUUUUACUUUCAGUGCUUUGAAAUAUCUUGUUUUAAACCUUUCUGUACUAAACCGACACUCUAUAUCUCAUUUGCACAAAUCAGAAUAAUUUCUCAUGCUAUUCUUCUUUGGGUGAAAAUUAUCAGUUUCUUCUUUCUUCACAGCAACAAAAGAAAUGGAACUUACAAUUGGUUCAAUUAAUGCUAGGGGAUUAGGAGACAGAAGCAAGCGACGGGAAUUCUUUAAUUGGCUGCGGAAAAAAACAAAUAGCCUUAAGAAGCUCAUUGUACUGAAAACAAUAUGCAUGACUGGCGAGCUGAAUGGGGUUAUCAGGCCCUUUUCAGUUGCUGCUCUAGCAAAAAGGCAGGCGUUAUCAUAUUGUUUAACAAUACUUUCACCUUUCAAAUUUCGCGAACAUACUGCGACCCUGGGGGACGCUAUAUAAUCUGUGACUUGAUUACAAAUGGGAAACAAUUAACCUUGGCAAAUAUAUAUGCUCCAAACAACGACGACCCAACUUUUUUUACCUCGGUCUUUGAGCGGUUAGCAGAUUUUCAGUGCGACGAGGUCAUAAUUGGCGGGGACUAUAAUUUAGUUUUGGAUGUUGAGAAAGAUAAAAAAGGCGGUCUUGCAAAAACCCACAAAAAAAUCGGUGGAAGUCAUAAAUAGCUAUUGCGAAGACUUAGACCUUAUUGAUGUCUGGAGAAUACAAAACCCUGAACAACGACGAUUUACAUGGAGACAAAAGAACCCCGAAAUACAAUGCAGACUUGACUUUUUUCGCGUAAGUCAAUGCACAUCUUGCAACUCAAUCAACACAGAUAUAGCCCCUGGUUGUAAGACAGAUCAUUCAUUGGUCACGUUGCAAAUUUCGACGCAUAAUAACAUGACAGGACGAGGCUUCUGGAAACUAAAUACCUCAUUCCUAAAGGACCAAGAAUAUAUAUAUAAAGAAAAUACAAUCCAUUAUAACUCAAACUAAAGAUGAAUAUGCACUGGAUAAUACUGUCGAUCCAAACUUACUGUGGGAAAUGAUAAAAAUGAAAGUAGAGAGACAUCAAUUGAGUUUGGCAGAAUAAAUAAGAGAAAAAUGUUUCAAAAACAAGAUGAUAUAGAAAAGACAAUCAAAAUCCUGGAGGAGCAGACCGUCAACAUUGAUGCCACUGACUGCCAAAAUGUAUGGUCAGAGUUAGAAAAGAAAAGACGGGAACUUGAAACCAUAAUCGAAUACCAGACAAAAGGGGCUAUUCUAAGAUCUAAAUCGCGAUGGUACAAACACUAAAUACUUUCUAAACUUAUAGAAGAGACACUGCAAACACUGCAGAAGAGACACUGCAAACAAGGAACAAUUACCCAACUGAAAGUUAAUGACAAAGACUUAAUCCAAUCCGACAGGGAAAUCUUACACGAGUGCGAGACCUUUUAUAAAAAUCUCUAAAGUUCAAAAGUACAAGUUAACGAUUACCCGGAAGUUUUCUUUCCACCUACACGAGAAGUAUUAAGUGAAAAAGAAAACAGCAUUGUGAGGGUCUUUUAAGUUCUAAAGAGUGUUUGGAAGCAUUAAACGGUAUGGCCACGGAAAAAACACCUGGUACUGAUGGCCUGCCGUGUGAACUUUAUAAAGUUUUUUGGAAAGACGUAGGUGAAACACUAACAGAGGCCCUAAACUUUUCUUACCAAACAGGAAAACUCGCUGUAUCACAUGCAAAGGCGAGGAAUUGUCAAGCUUAUACCAAAGAAGGACGCAGAUCCCAACCUGAUUAAAAAUUGGCGCCCAUUGACACUAUUAAACUGCGAUUAUAAGAUUGCAUCAAAGGCUAUUGCAAAUCGAAUCAAAAUAGUUUUACCGGAAUUUGUAUCAGAAGAUCAGUCAGGCUUUAUUAAAAACAGAUGUAUCGGUGACAAUAUACGCACAUUAGAUAGUGCUAUUAAGUAUGCAGAAAACAAAGGUUUACCCGGUCUACUUCUUUUCCUCGAUUUUGAAAAAGCUUUUGACACGUUAGAGUGGUCAUUCAUAAACCAAACGUUACGGCACUUUGGCCCCUCACUGUUAAACUGGGUUGAACUAUUUUACUGCAAUACCGAAAGCUGUAUACUAAACAAUGGAUGGGCAAGCAAUUUCUUUGAGUUAAGUAGAGGUGUUAGACAAGGCUGCCCCAUAUCGCCUUAUCUCUUCAUACUGUCCGUAGAAAUACUCGCUGAAGCUAUUCGCAAUAAGAAAGAAAUAAAGGGCAUCAAAAUCUACAAUACCGAAGUUAAAGUAAGUCAAUAUGCGGAUGACACGACACUCAUUUUAGAUGGAACUGAACAAUCAGUAAGAGCGUCACUAUUACUGAUAGAAGCAUUUGGGAACAUAUCUGGCCUAAGGCUGAACAAUGAGAAAACAGAGGCCUUGUGGAUAGGUUCUAAAAGAAACUGCAACCUGAAACUCUGUCCGGAAAAAAAUUUUAAAUGGCAAAAGGGAAAGGUCAAAGCACUAGGCGUGUGGCUGUCUACAGAUCAACAGUUAACACUCUCUCUCAAUUACAACGAGAAAUUAGCAAAAAUCCAAACUAUCCUGGGAUGCUGGAAAUUUAGAAGACUUAGCUUAAUAGUGAAAAUAACAGUACUAAAAAGCCUCGUAGCAUCCCAACUGGUCUAUAUACUCACACCUUUACAAACGAAUCACCAAGCAAUAAAAGAGAUCAACAAGCCUUUUUUCACUUUCUUAUGGAACGACAACAGGAUAAAAUUAAACGCUCGAUCAUGAUCAAUGACUACCCUGAAGGAGGACUAAGAAUGAUUGAUAUUGCCUCUUUUAACAAAUCACUCAAGGCUACGUGGAUUAAAAAGUAUCUAGAUUCAGGAAACCGUGACAAAUGGAAAAACUUCUUUAAUCUGGCUCUGGGAAAAUACGGGGGAAGUCUUUUUUUCGAAUUAGGAAAUCUUAACAGAAAGGAUAUUGAUAAGCUAAAGAUAGAAGACACUUUUAUCAAAGAAAUUGUAGAAAUUUGGUCUGACACUUUCUUCGAGAGGAAAAUAGUAUCAAAAGAUCAUUUUCUAUCUCUAACUCUGUUACAAAAUUCAUUAAUAAGAAUAAAUAACGCACCAGUUUUCUGCAAUAAUUGGCUUAACAAGGGUAUAGCAAAAGUUAAACAUCUAAUGGACGAGAAUUCUCUCAACUUUUUUUCCCUCGACCAUUUUCAGAACAGAUAUAACAUUCGAGUAAAACCCUUAAUGUUUUUCGGAAUCGUCUCAGCCGUGAAAUCUUUACAACGACAAAUCCCGAGAACACAUCAGCAGUAUGAAAGCCCUCUUAACACAUUUCUCAAAAGCCAAACUGAAAUCAUCUAGAAUUGCUUACAAGCAACUAAUAGCAAAUAAAAGUGAAAAACCCAUAUCUUGUAUAGACAAAUGGCAUAAAGACAUCCACUCUUCAACCGAUAAAAAUUCUUACUGGAGAAACGUUUUUCAAGCAGCAAACACUUGUACAACGAGCUCAAAACUAAUUGAUUUUAAUUUCAGAUUUUUACACAGACGUCUACCAACUAACAGCUAUCUGCAAAAAAUAGGAGUUAAGGCGGACGGAAAAUGUACACUUUGCCAUGACGAGAAAGAGAAUUUGACACAUCUAUUUUGGAAAUGCCAAAAAACCAAAAAUUUUUGGGAUAAUUUCUCGAUAUGGCUUCAGUCAUGCCAGAUCCUCCAACCAGGCAGUUACUUAGACAUGACUACCGCUUUGGGCCUAACGCCAGACAGCUCUUCCUUUAAGCUCCAUAUAAACUUCUGUUGUCUUAUAGCUAAGAACUUUAUCUGGAUAUGCAGAUCAAAAGAAUGUUUCCCAAUUCACAACAAUUUCUUGUUUUAUCUGAGACAUAUAUACCAAUUAGAAAAUAAGAAACCGCGCAAUACAAAAAAAUGGAAACCUUUCUUUUCCUCGCUGGGUCUUGUCUCCUAACUCCAAAAACAUAAAUUAGUAAUAUGUGCACCUACCAUGAGUAUUUAUAUUACUUUCACCACAAAGAAAGAAAAAAAAAGAAAAAAAUGUAAAAAAAAAUUAAUUAUAGAUCAUACUAAGUACAGUAAUAUAUGGAAUUAGCACUGCUGUAACGUAUUUUAAUAUUUGUAAGUAUAUUGCCAUGUAAGAGUGUAAAUUCGAUAUUUUUUUUGUUUGUUUUUUCUUUUUAUUACUUUAUUUAUUCUGUGUAAUUUUUGUUUCUUUUCUGUGUGUGUUUUACUUGCAAUAAAAAAAAAACUUUUUGUACGACCGUCGACGACUUAUCCGAAGUAAAAUCCCCUCGAGGAAUUUUCCACCAUGAAUUCGUAUACACGUCACAGAGAACUAAAAAGAAUUUCCCAAUACAGUUUCCGAGUUUCUGUAAUAAGAACAAACGCAAGGAGACUCAAUCAACCACGAGAAAGAAAAAUGUGUCAUUAUAUUUACUACAUUAAUUAUUAUUAGUAGUGCUCAUCUUGCUUACGCGAAACUGGUUUUCAGGGGGCUGGUAGAGUUAGCCUCCCCGCAGACGUCCUUUGGGGUUCGUUCGUCACGCAUUCAUUUCUCCCCCAGGGAGAAAUGAAUGCGUGACGAACGAACCCCAUGAGAUUUUGAAGGUAUACGCACGGGAAGAGAGGAGGGUCUGGGGGUAUCUUCCCCCGCCCGAAAAUUUAGGGUCUCGGAAAUGCCAUUUCCUGCGUAUUUCGCCGGACAUUCUUAGUAGAUAAAUACAAAGGAAAAAACAGUAGUUAGUAGUUAGUAGACACAGUGUUUGCGGAAACAGUGGUGGUGGGGGUACUUUAGGAAUUUCUGGGUGGGGAUGUGCCGCUGGGACCCUGGAACCCUCACCCUAUACUAGAGCUACAACCCCGGACAAAACCUGUUGAGACAAAUCGCGAAAAUGCCUAUUUUUUCCUGUCAUCCCGGCAAAAACUGAAACCGCCGCCAAAUGAAUGCCCGAUUUCCCCCCUCCCCUUAUCGAAAGUUGUUUAGGAUAGCAUGGCAAUUAUACACGUUGGUUUUUAGACCAAGGCAACUUUGAAUAGGGGGUGGGGAGGGGGUUUACUUUUUGUGUUAAGGGGAGACGGGAGUAGGACGCAAAAGUUAGAAAAUAGAUGGAAUUGUCUCAACAGUUUUGUCCGGGGCUGUAGUUCAGCUGAAUUUUGCUACCCUAUACUAGAAUAAACUGCCCAAAUCCCCCCUAUCCUAGAGUAGCUGUUCUCCAGAAACUACUGAGGUCACUAGCACAGUAGUCUAGCCAAAACAAAACCUUAUACCACAAUCCCUCGUCUCGUUAAAUUCUUCAACCAACUGAUCAGUUUCCUGAAAAAUGAUACCCUAUUCUAGACCCAAAUGCUCUGAUUUAUAUACCCUAUCCUAAAGUAAACUGCUUGAAAACCAUACCCUUCAGAGCGGCACAUACCUAUAUAGCCCACUUAUGGCAGUACCCCCCUCCCGGGGGGGGUUAUGUUACAAUAAGGGAUUAGGACCAGACGAGAAAAGACGCUCUCUUAUUUUUUCUUCUCAGGCUUACGCCCUCGUUUAUCGCGAAAGAAAAAUGAUCGCCUGUCGUGGUGCUUCAUAAAGGCGUUUUUAAUCUCUUCAUACUGCUGAAGCUAAACAACGUUAAGCUAACGCUAUGAGAGCAACACUCGGCUGGAGCCUGGUGAGGCUGACACUCAGUUCAUGACCCCAGUCUACUUCGCAGCCGCUAGGCGUCACGCGCAGGGGAGCUUGCGUGACUCCGGCUCGGACGGCUGCGAAGCAGACUCAAGUUAACCCUGACGUGACUCAUAACUUUGACUCAUUUAACUCAUAAAACAAGAUUUUUCUCUGUUCUCAGAAUUCGCUUCCGUUAAUGUGUCAAUCAGGUCAUGCCUAAGUGUUGGAAAUGAUGAGUACAUUAUUGCGCUAGGAGUAGUCAAUCGAUAAAAAUCGGUAGCAAUCAAGUGUUUUUCAUCUAUUGAUAGCGGAAAUCGGUAAAAAUCAAUAAAACAAAUUACUAUGUCAAAUCAACAUAAUCGAUUUUUCAUGAUUUUAUCUGUUUAUAACGGAAGUCCGCCUUUGAGGUUGUGUUUUGCCAUAAGUUAGAAACUACAGCUGAGAAAACAGACGCACGAGUAACAACUGAUCUACAAACAUGAAAAUGUGGAAACUAUUGCACAAACAAUUUUCUACGAAUCUUGCACUACUUUCACAACCUUAGAUAAAGAUCUCCUACCCUGAAUUUCAGACAUCCCCUUGAGUCGAAGGCGUGUCUCACGGACAAAAUUCAGGCUAAAAUAUUACCCUAGAUAGAUUUUCACCGUUUUGCGUUAUCAGUCGAUAAAAAUCAAUUGAUUGCUAACGGUUCUUAACGAUUUCGAUUUUUGUCCAUUGGUGUAACUAAACUCGGAACUACACCGACGUUAUUUUGAAAAGGAGGCACUUCUAAAUCGUGAAAAACUGGUGAAUUCAGUUUUCUUUUUUAGGUAAACUGAUGUAUCUUCCUGUAUCUUCCCAUAUAAAUCGAUGAAAUCGGUAAAAGUUAAGAUAAAUCGAUGAACAAAAAGAGUGUGUCAUCGAUUUUUACCGAUUAAUCGAUACAAUCGAUAUCAAUCAAAUCAGAUUUACCGAUUUUUAUCGAUUGACUACUCCAGAUAUUGACUCAUUAUUCUGUGUAAUUUUCCCCCUCCCACACACACACACACACACACACACACCUCCCCAUACAUUUUCUCUUGGUAUAGCCCUGGCCCUGAGGAAGACUAAUUUUGUUAGCCGAAAUAUUGGUCUAUAAUAAAUCAGCCCUUUGUCCUAGUGCCAGCCCUGCAUUCAGUUUUGUUUUAUUUGACACUUUAAGUGACGUCUGGCUACAGCAUCUCUUGUUUUGCCUCCUACUUAGGCUACCACGCCCUUCACAGAAGUAAGAGCAAUGCAGUGAGACAGGUUGCAUAACUAGUUCCAGGCGCUAGUUUUUUUUCUCUUCUUCGUUUUUUUUUUUUUUUUCAGCCUUAAAGACUUCGACGAAAAGGCAGCCAAGGUUGGUGUCACUGAGUGCAGCAAAGAACCAAAACCAUAUGAUCACCCAGACAAUCUUAAUAUCAAAUUCUGGGAUUUGCCUGGAAUAGGGACUAAAGACUUCCCUAUGGACACGUACUGCGAUCAAGUGCGAAUAGACAAGUACCACGCCUUCCUCAUAUUCACUGAUACCCGAUUCCGCGAGAACGACUUCAAACUGGCAGAGAAAAUAAGCUUGAUUGACAAGAGGUUUUUCUUCAUUCGCACCAAAAUUGAUGAAAAUGUCCGCGCCGAGAAGCGGUCAAAGCCUCCGGGAUCAUUUAACGAAGAAGCCAUGCUUGAAGAAAUCCGAGCAGACUGUUCGAAAAAUCUGGGUCACCUGCAGAGCAACACUGAGAAUAUAUUUUUGAUAAGCAACCAUCAUCCUGCGAAGUGGGAAUUCGAUCGACUGAGAAAAGCCAUUUUGGAUGUGCUACUGAGGUACCAGCGAGAGAGUUUAAUCUUGUCCCUUAGCGUUAUGAAAAGCCUGUCAACUGAGAUGUUAAGGAGGAAAGUGGAGGUUCUUAAAGGGCGUAUUUGGAUGGUUGCUUCAGCGUCUGCCGCCGCCGCGAUGGUUCCCAUCCCCGGAUUGGCCGUGGCAGUUGACAUUGCGCUGAUGAUAAAAGAAAUCACAUUUUACAGAACCCAGCUUGGUCUUCCUGAGGUAGGAUCUGUUAAAUUUGCGAAUCUACAAGUCAACACCCAAGAAAAAGUCCGUAGGAUGUGUCCGACAACUGCAGCUCAAGUCACCGAGGUCGUAGAAGCUUAUGCCGGAGAAGCGAACGUUAAGGAAUUUGUUCGUUUUAUCCCAUUGCUUGGUUUGGCUAUAGCUGGCGGAAUGUCCUUUGCUACUACAUAUUAUGCUCUUUGGCAUUGUUUAGAAAAAGUUGAAGAAGCAGCUUUAUCAGUCCUUGUUGAAGCUGCCCACAAAUCAGCCGACGAUUUGGAUAUUGAUUGAGUCGUGAAGAUACGUAUACUAGCCUAGAUUAGUCUUUAGUAAAAAGCUAGUAAAAACUACCCUUACGAGUAACUUUAACAAAAAGUAAAUUCUCGAAUUAGCGACAGGGGCGCUUUUUCAAUUUUUGGCCGGUUGAGCGGAAGAUGACAAGAUAGCACUUGUCUUUGUUUGAAAUAAAUAAAAACUGCAACAUUAAACAGGAA